UUACAGCUGCGGGAGUGACGUCACGGCCGUGCGCACUUUGCGGGUGUCUCGUUGAGACACGGCAGAAGGAAGUAGUGAGCAGCCCGCCGGUGGGGAGAGCGGACGCAGAGGCGCGCCUUCGUGAGACAGGAAACACUUAGAGUCCUACAUGAAUUACGAAAAUCCUCCACCAUAUUCCGGCCCGGGCCCAACUGCCCCUUACCCACCAUAUACUCAGCAACCAGCAGGUCCUGGUCCAUAUCCUGCCUAUCAGCCAGGGCCUUCAGGGCCGUAUCCAGCUGGUCAGCCAGGCUACAAUGGUUACCCACCAUACGGAUGGCAGAAUGCUCCUCCUCCACCUCCAGGACCAGUCUAUGCAGAUGGACCUAAAAAUACAGUUUAUGUUGUGGAAGAGAGGCAAAGAGAUACCUCUGGCGAAAGUGCCUGCCUGACAGCAUGUUGGACUGCAUUGUGCUGCUGCUGCCUUUGGGACAUGCUGACCUGAAUUCCCUGAGAAGCCAGUCCUUUCGAUACCUCUCUCUUGGAGUGCUAUGCAGUCUCUUCCUCCUCCUGUCUCUUUUCAGCAGCUUCUUCGUCCUGUAAUAAAUGAGAUGCUUUGCCCGAACAUAACAUGCCUGCCAGAGUUGGAUGCAUGUGGUUGGAUGCAUCCUUUGUGAUUUGAGUGGGGAAUCCCUCCUUCCAUCCUUCUUCAUAAUUGUUCUUUAAAUGAUGUACUAUAUUUUGUUUGGCAAAAAGCUUUUACUACAAAUUAUGUAUUCAUAAUUUAACCGUCCCUAGAAAUGGAAUAAUAUGCAAUAAUUUAAGGCUAUUUUUUUGUUUUCUCUUACUUGCUUAAUUUUCUGUUUUAAUAAACUUUGUCCAAUAAAAUACGAUCCAGAAAUCUGUGAA